CAGCGCAUGCGCGCGGUGUUGCGGGCUGAUGGAGUGAAGAUGCCCACCGCCACCAUCCCCGUGUAGCGCAGGAGACACACAGCCCGGUCGUAUUUAGCGCAGACACUGUUGUCUUCCAGCAGAGCUGCAUGUUGUCGUGUGACACCAGGAGGCCGAUGUCUGUGGCAAAUGCGAAACACACGGUCCUGAAUCCGGUGGUCCCAUACACAGGGCCCAUACCUGGAGGGAUGCACCCUGGGGAGAUCAUCAUCAUCCAGGGCACUGUGCCCCCAGAUGCCGACAGGUUCCAGGUCGACCUGUCGAGCGGCUGCAGCACCAAGCCGCGCUCCGACGUGGCCCUCCACUUCAGCCCUCGCUUCAAAGGCUCGCCCUGUGUGGUGUGCAACUCCCUGCUGCAGGAGCGCUGGGGCAAAGAGCAAACGCUCCACCAGCUGCCCUACAAGCGCGGAGCCCCCUUCGAGACCAUCAUCCUGGUGCACGAAGACGUCUUCAAGGUGGCAGUAAAUGGCACUCACCUGCUGGAAUACAAGCACAAAAUCCCACUAAACAGGGUGGACACAUUUUCUAUUUCUGGGAAAGUCAAGGUGCACGCUAUUGGCUACAUCCCAAACUCAGCAAUAUAUUCAGAAUCAGGUGACUUGAGCCUCCCUUAUAAAGGCAGUGUACUCAAAGGACUGAGCCCCGGACAGCACAUCACAAUCAAAGGACAGGUCAGCAUGUACCCUCACAGUUUUACAGUGAACCUCCGCAACAGCAGUACGGAGAACAUCGCUCUGCAUCUGAACCCUCGCAUGAAGUCUUCUGCGUUCAUCAGGAACUCAUACCUGAGUGAAUCCUGGGGACAGGAGGAGCGGGAGCUGACCUCCUUUCCCUUCUCGUCAGGGGAGUACUUUGAGAUUCUCAUCCUCUGUCAGCCUCAUCAGUUCAAGCUGGCAGUGAAUGGCUCACACCUGUUUGAGUUCAGACAUCGGGUGCAGGACCUGAGCAGCAUUGACCAGCUGGAGAUCAUGGGGGACCUGGAGCUCAAUGAUGUGAAACUUUGGUGACUUCCGGGGGGGGGGGGGGCUCGAGACUUGCAUGGAAGCCAGCGUUCCAGAUACUGUUGUGUUCUGGUUAUCGAUGCUAAAUUAGCUUAGCCACAAUGACCCGGAAAAUGGAUGCUGAAAAAAAAACGGCAAAUCCUGUACUGACCUCAGGUCAGGUUAGCCUUGCAGCAACCACAGGUCACUGAUUUAAGCUAGUCUAGCAUUUUGGUGGGCAAGGACCAUGGCCCUUCCAUGGAGUGUUAUGGUCCAUGUUUCCAGCCCUGGCUACACGACUGAUGCAUGAAAGUUAGCUGUGCUGGAGCAUCAGACUUGUGAGGCACCAUGAUUGUUUACAGCUUCAAGUUUGCCUUGGUUGAAUUUCUUGUACUGUCUCUAGUGUAUUUCUGCUGUGAUACGCCCUUAACGCACUGUAUAAUUCAACUGGAAAUAUUGCAAAUGUUAAUAAGCACUUGGUUUUGUUCAAAUGCCAAGAUAGACCGCUAAUACAAACAAUUAGUUCAAUUGAAGGGCUCCAUGCUUUUGGAGCAAGGCCCAAUGUAGACUUAAUUAUUAUAUAUUUAAACAUUUCUAAUUUGCUUUUCUUUUAAUCUAAUAGGACUUGCCCACAUGUCUUAGUUUUAUUCUUUAUUUUUUAAUUUAAUCUGCUUUAAAAGGUCAGGAUCCCUGAACAUACGAGAGCGUCCCGUGCACUUGACAUUUAAAUCAAUUUAACAUAAUGGUGCAGCUGAACUCAAGCACAGUGCAAUACAGGGUCAGUUUCAAAUGUAACCUAGUGAAUGACAUGUUGCAAGCUGUAGACUAUAGUAGAAUCUGCAUCUGUGACCAUAUCUCGUCUUAAGGAAAAUAAAAUCUGGGAUAUUUCUUUUCCAAUGUCUGUUUUUUUGCAUUGUCUGUUGUAAUUGUUGUAAAAUAUGUAUGAAAAAACUAUGUAUCAUAAAUGAUUUAAUAACAAAUAAAUGUGUUAUCAUUCCACUGUUU